UGCACAGAGCGCCAGACCCCAAUCCCUCCACCCGGCCCCUCUCCCCGCCCCUUCCUUCCUGCCCCACUGGUUAUUUAACCUCUACCCCUGAGGCUCUACCUCCGAAACCCUGGUAGCCAGACAUGGGGACGGAGCCCGCGGAGCAGGUGUCCUGGGCCUCUUACUCCGGGAACGAGGAGGAUGCCUACUCAGCUGAGCCACUGCCCGAGCUCUGCUCCAAGGCCGACGUCCAGGCCUUCGGCCGUGCCUUCCAGCCCGGCGUGUCUCUGGCGGUGGCCUUUCUGGGCCUGGUGGGGAACAGCUUGGUCCUGGCCACGCACCUGGCUGCCCGGCGCGCAGCGCACUCGCCCACCGCGGCGCACCUGCUGCAGCUGGCUCUGGCCGACCUACUGCUGGCCCUGACCCUGCCCUUCGCGGCGGCGGGGGUGCUGCAGGGCUGGAGCCUGGGCAGUGCCACCUGCCGCGCUAUCUCUGGCCUCCACGCAGCCUCCUCCCACGCCGGCUUCCUGUUCCUAGCCUGCAUCAGCGCCGACCGCUACGUGGCCAUCGCGCGUGCGCUCCCCACGGGACCUCGGCGCUCUGCGUCCCGCCGCGCGCACUGGGCCUCGGCCGCCGUGUGGGGGCUGGCGCUGCUCCUGGCGCUGCCCGCACUGCUCUUCAGCCAGGACGGGCCGCGCGAGGGCCGGCGGCGCUGUCGCCUUGUCCUCCCCGAGGGUCUGGCGCAGACGGUGAAGGGGACGAGCGCCGUGGCGCAGGUGGCCCUGGGCUUUGCGCUGCCGCUGGGCGUCAUGGUUGCCUGCUAUGCGCUCCUGGGCCGCACGCUGCUGGCCGCCAGGGGGCCUGAGCGCCGGCGCGCGCUGCGUGUAGUGGUGGCCCUGGUGGCGGCCUUCGUGGUGUUGCAGCUGCCUUAUAGCCUGGCUCUACUGCUGGACACGACCGACCUGCUGGCCGCCCGCGAGCGCAGCUGUCCGGCCAGCAAGCGCAAGGACCUGGCAUUGCUGGUGACCGGCGGCCUGGCCCUGGCGCGCUGUGGUCUCAACCCCGUACUCUACGCCUUUUUGGGCCUGCGCUUCCGCCAGGAUCUGCGGGCGCUGCUGCAGGGCGCCGGCUGUGGACCCGCGCACUCUCGCGGUCGCUGUCCCCGCCGGCCACGCCUGUCUUCCUGCUCUGCGCCCACCGAGACCCACAAUCUGUCCUGGAAUAGCUAGGGCCGCAGGGGGGUGCGGGCGAAUGUCCGCCACGGGGUGGGUGGGAAAGGGAGUGCGUGGGGGGGGACUCCGGGGACAGAGGUGGGGACUUAAGUGUGGCCCUGAGCCUGCUGCUGCAUUAAAGCGAUAACGUGGAAAUGAGACGCAAGCAGUAGCUGUUACUAUUUUUGCACCACCGACUUUCAAGUGAUUCUCAGCAGAGCAGAGCACUAGGCUGCACCCCCGCGCGCCAGGCUAGGUGGGCGGAGCUGCUGAGUGUGCUGAAGCUUUGGCAGACACCUUGGGCACCUCGACAUCAGACUUAACCCGCAGAGGUGAGGCUGAGGCGGAAAGGCUGCCAGGCCGCGAGGGGAGGGGCUCCUCCCGAAGCAGCAGCAGGCAGCAGCAGCAGCAGCAGCAGCAGCAGGCGCCGCCGCCGCCGCCGCCGCCUCAGGAGAGCUUUCUAACAACCGGCUCUCCUCCAGGGCUCCCAGCGGACUCCGCGGCGCAGAGGGUGAGGGGCGGGAUGUUCCCAGUGGGGGCAGGAAACUGGAUCACUUUGGUACAAGCCCUGCUGAAGUUCUGACGGAAACAAAACAAGUCAUUUAAAAAGUC